AUGGUUGCACCGGCUACCGACACGCUGAGCAUUCCAAUUAUCGAUCUUGAUCCUGCGCGCUCUGGGUCUUCGGAGGAUACUGCUCGCGUCGCGAAAGAUGUCUAUCAGGCCUUUAAGCAUGUCGGUUUUGCUUAUAUCAAGAACCAUGGGGUUCCGCAGGAGCUUAUAGACGAGGCUUUCGAGUGGGCAUGUUUGCGUUCUAUUGCCAUCAUAGAAGUGAAGCUCAUCGCUAAUGAAUACAACAGAGCCAAAGGUUCUUCGCACUCCCCCCAAUCUGCCAAAGACAAAGCUCCCCAUCCCCCGGAAGGCUGGUACCACCGCGGCUACUCAGGCAUCGGCCGAGAAAAGGUAGUUCAGAUGGUCUUCGACAAGGAAGGAAUAGCAGAAAAGCGAAAAACACCCGACGUAAAAGAGUCCUUCGAGCUCGGCAACGAAACCGACGAGCGCAUGCCAAAUAUCUGGGUUCCCGAGGAAGUCCUCCCCGGCUUCCGCGCUUUCUUCACCAAAUUCUUCGAAGUAUGCUACGGCGUCGAACAGCUAAUGCUGAAAACUAUCGCCAUUGGAAUGGGCCUUCAAGAAGACUUUUUCCUGAAUUACCAUCAGAAUAAAACCAAUCAGUGCAGGCUUCUGCAUUACCCGCCCGUGGAAGAGGAACUUCUUAGGCUGGGGAAGGCUGAGAGAAUUGCCGCACACUCGGAUUUCGGGACUAUGACUAUCCUCUUCCAGGAUCCGGUUGGCGGGUUGGAGGUGGAGGAUAUUCAUGAGAAGGGCAAGUUUAAUCCUGCGCCGUUUAUACCUGGCACGGCGGUUGUAAACAUUGGGGAUCUGCUUAUGCGUUGGAGUAAUGAUGAGCUCAAAUCGACGCUCCAUCGUGUGAGGGCUCCGCCACUUGUUGAUGAUUCUGGAUUGAGUGGUCGCAUGACUCGUCCGAGAUAUUCGAUUCCCUAUUUUGUUAGUCCCGAUCGGGACCGGGUUAUUGACUGUCUUCCCGGGUGUUUUGGGCCUGGAAGGCCGAAAAAGUAUGAGCCUAUUACUAGUCGAGAGUAUAUCUCGAUGCGGAUGAAUGCGACGUACUAG